GGUCACUUGUGGGGCAGAGCUGAGUUUUGGGGCGCAGAUGAACCUGGAGCGCGUCUCCAAUGAGGACAAGCUGGAGCUGUGCCGCAAGUACUACCUGGGGGGCUUUGCGCUCCUGCCCUUCCUGUGGCUCGUGAACGUGCUCUGGUUCUUCCGCGAGGCCUUCGUGGUGCCCCCCUAUGGGGAGCAGGCGCUCAUCCGGCGCUACGUGCGCCGCUCCGCCGUGGGUCUGUCGCUGUGGGUCCUGGCGCUGGGGGCCUGGGUCGGGGUGUUCCAAACGCAGCGGGCGCGCUGGGGGGGCUGGGGGGACCUGCUGGCCUUCACCCUGCCCCUGGGCACCCCAUAGCG